CGGCUGUGGGUUUCUGGGCGUUAUUUUGGGGAAGUUGCGGUUAAAUUGGGGAGGGCUGCUGUGAUGGGGAAAAACACACACAGUGAUAUUACAACGUGAGAAAGAGAUUAGUCCAGACGAGAGGGAUCUGAGACCGUGUCAGCACCGCAGGGUUAUUCACACACGAGGGCUCACGCCACCAGGCGACAUGAAUAAACGCUCCACUGCUACGAAUGGCACUGCCCGUUCCAAUGGUAUCUAUGCCGAGUACGUCCACAGGAGCAACACUAAUAACGUGAGACAAGGACAGGGAGUCGGGCCCAGGGUUCGUCCUUUGUCCACAAUCUCGCCCUCUAAUGUGACCCCACACUCUCAUCAGCGGAGGUGGUCAGUCGACUACUGUAAAUGCAGGUCCCCCCCUGUCAUUAUUGUGAAGAAGAGUAUGAAGGAACCACAACCUCCUCAGCGGAGCGUAUCCCUGCCCCACACAGGAUCCCAUACCUCUUUCAAGCGCUACUCCUGCCCGCUCAUUGGGUCCUUUACCUCACCAAGUCAGUCCUCAUCAUCUUCCUCUUCCACAUGUUCCUCCUGCUCCUCGCCUCCUCCCGUCAAGACAUCCGUCAUCACCGGUCCUGAUCCUCUCGGCUGGAAGUUGUGCCCCAAGUCCUCAGCUCGUUUUCACGCUAAGAGGCUUUCUCUGCAGAUUUCCAUCCCAAUCAUCCCUGAACCCACCACUCCGAGCCCAGAACCUUCGACCAAAACUAAACCCCCCCUCAAGCCCAAACCUUUCCGUCGCCACCACUCUGAAUCUUCAGCCUUCCUCAGAUCCCUGACGAACCCCUUGCCCGCGGUGACGCUCAAAGACCUCUGUGCCGUGCACCUCCGCCCGGUCACCCUUUCAGACGACUCCGACGACGUCUUCAGUGAGGAGACACGGGAGGAGGAGAAGGGGUCAUCCUCAAGACCACGCAAAAUACCGCCACCUGUUCCGGAAAAAACGGCCAUGGCGAGACAAAUAGCGCAACUGAUCGCCCAUUCGCGUAAACGUUGUAAGCCGCCUCGAGCAAAAAGCAAAGAAGAAGAAAACAUUUACACCAGCUUGAGAAAGCGAAUGCCUAAAUAUUCACCAAAGACUGCCGGUGUACUGCCACAUGCUACUGAACCUGCUGGGUUAACUCGAGAUAUCAGCUGUGGCAGAAAGAGGCCCACCCCACACUUCCCUGGAUGAGAGACCAGAGAGAAGUGAAGACUUCCCUAAUCACAGACACCAUUUACUAGCGGUGCUGUGUGAAGUAGAUGGACCGUGUACAGUAUGUCCCUGGAGACGGGACGCCAUGCUCUGCCUGGUUCAGUCGAGGUAUUCUCCUCGAAGGGUGGAGAUUUGUACAGAUAAAAACUUUUCUUGCUCACACACCAAAGUAAAUGAGUGUUUUUGCUUCAGUAUUUAGCGUGUAUUUUUUAUGCGUACUAAACAUUUCUGUUGCAUCUGUGCAUCUUUCACCCAAUCUCAACUUAAUUGUUUAGGUCGGUCACAAGUAAGAGCAGCUUCAAGGGGAUGAGUGGUUUUACGUAGAAAAACAAUCAAAACUAUAAAUGUUGUGAUUCCUGCUGGUUAUAAAUAGAAAUUACAAAUAACUGUGAAUAUAUGUUUUUGACUUUACAGUAUUGAUAUACUUUGUGAUAAAUGUAUAUCUUAAUUCAAGUAGGCAAAGGGCACCGCUAUCAUCAGUUGAUAGGAAAUGAGUUUCAAAAACCAAGAAUGUGGAAAUCACAGGAGAUAAAACAUCAUCAUCAUUUCUAUUCCUUUUUUGUUUCAUCCAGAAGACUUGUUGAAAUUAAUCAUUAUUUUUUUCCUGUCUAUGUCUACUCUUCUGAUUUAAUAAAGGCAAAACCCUAAAAAAUACCUGGGAAAAAUAA